UAUUUUCUUUCUUAAUUUUUUUUUGGCCACCAUCUCUCUAUCAUCCUCAAAUUCCCAGUUACCACUUUCGCCCAAAUUCGCACGCUUCCGAUUUUGUUUCCUUCCUUAAAUCGUUUUAGGGUUAGGGUUUUGAUCCCUUUUCUUCUUCGAUUCGAUCUGCGCAUUCAAUUCGGGAGUGGAAAUCUGAUUCGCCUCCCCUACUUGGGACGAGGACGCCAUGGGAGGUGACGCUGCAGCUGAGGGUGCGACGGAGCCUAAAGCCGCCGAGGUCAACAUCAACAUUCGCUGCUCCAAUGGUUCUAAGUUUUCCGUUCUGAUUAGCCUCGAAUCCACCGUCGGAUCCUUCAAGGAUGCUGUCGCUCGGAACUGCGACAUCCCCGCCGAUCAACAGCGUCUGAUUUACAAGGGUCGGAUCCUCAAGGAGGAUCAAACCCUCCAAAGCUACGGUUUGGAGUCAGAUCACACUGUACAUUUGGUUCGUGGCUUUGCGCCUUCCAAUACAACUGGUGGAACUAAUACUACUGGUGCCAAUACCACAACAACCAAUACGAGAGGUGUUGGUGCUAAUGAGGGUGGAGGUUUAGGAGGGCCUGGAUUUGGAGCUUCACUGUUCCCUGGACCAGGGAUCAAUGGGACGGGGAACAGUGGUCUCAAUGGCUUAUUUGGAGCGGGCUUUCCAGAUCUUGAACAAAUGCAGCAACCAUUUUUGUCAAAUCCUAAUAUAGUGAGAGAAAUAAUGAACACACCUGCUAUGCAGAAUUUAAUAAAUAAUCCUGAGAUAGUGCGGAAUCUUAUAAUGAAUAACCCACAGAUGCAAGAGCUUAUGGAUAGAAACCCUGAGCUGGCACACAUACUAAAUGAUCCCAGCACUCUUCGCCAGACACUUGAAGCUACAAGGAACCCUGAGAUCAUGCGCGAAAUGAUGAGGAAUACAGACAGAGCAAUGAGCAACAUUGAAUCUUCUCCCGAGGGAUUCAACAUGCUGAGGCGCAUGUAUGAAAAUGUUCAAGAACCAUUUUUAAAUGCCACUACAAUGGCUGGAAAUACAGGAAAUGAUAGUGCAGCAAUUUUGGGAACUCAAGGUGGCCAAAUCAGGAACCAAUCAACUAAUCCCUCGACUACUGGUUCUGAAACAACUUCCCCUAUACCAAAUACUAACCCGCUUCCUAAUCCUUGGUCCGCUACUGGAACUGGAGGUGCCGAAGGUAACACCAGAAGGUCAACUACUGGUGGGGAUGCUCGACAGCAGACACCAACUGGUUUAGGAGGGCUUGGUCUGCCAGAUCUUGAAGGUAUGAUGGGUGGUAUGCCGGAUGCUGCUUUAUUGACCCAGUUAAUGCAAAAUCCAGCUAUUUCACAAAUGAUGCAAAGUAUCCUUUCCAAUCCACAGACUAUGAAUCAGAUUCUUGGUGUCAAUGCUGAGCAGCGUGGUAUGCCUGAUUUAAAUUCUCUGAGAGAAGUGAUGCAAAACCCAGAGUUCCUUCGCUUGUUUUCCUCACCUGAGACACUGCAGCAACUCUUGUCUUUCCAGCAAGCUCUUCUGUCUCAGCUUGGUCAGCAACAAUCAACACAGGAACCAGGUCAAACAGGUGGAGGCACUGGAUCUUUGAACAACAUGGGGUUGGAGAUGUUAUCAAGCAUGUUUGGUGGACUUGGAGCUGGUAGCCUAGCUGUUCCGAACAGAUCAAAUGAGCCGCCAGAGCAAUUGUAUGCCACCCAACUUUCCCAGCUUCAAGAGAUGGGAUUCUUUGACACGCAAGAGAACAUAAGGGCUCUUGUUGCCACAUCAGGGAAUGUUCACGCAGCAGUUGAGCGGCUUUUGGGGAACACUGGACAGUAGCAGGUGGGAAGGGACGAGACUAGCAACUAAUCCCAAACGCUAGAAUCUGGUGGGAGAUAUUUAUCGAUUUAGCUUCGAUUUUCGUCAUGGGAAUUAUGUUUAAACAAAUAUGUUGAAUUUUUUUUACAUGAUAUCUAGAAUUUAGUAGUACAUCCAAUACUCCAAUUAUUAAUCAUGCAUUCAACUACAAGAGUACAAGGGCCUUUUGUACCAUAUACGUGUAAUUUUAACUUGCCCGUUUGCAAGGAUUGGCGUCAUAGUUACAUUUUAAAAGAGAAGGGAUUUAUAUUGGAAGAUGAAUUUAAGAUGAAAAUAUUCAUCUGCAAAUCCUUUUUAAGGAAAAAGAAAAACAUUCACACGAGCUCCUCUUUCAAGUAGAUGCUCGGCGGUCUUUAAU